CUAUACCCACGAGUACCAAAGCACAUAGGCCCUACCAGUCUUUGACCAGUUGUGGUGCACUGCUUGGAAUGGAUCCACUGAGGUGGUUCAAUCCUGCGACACAAGCAUCUCAAGGCUCAAGUGAUAGUUGGCUGAAUUGUUUAAAUUCAAGAUGGAGUAUCACUUAGAUGGCGGCCAUUUUGAGUCACUGCUUCACCAGAUGAACAAUGCGAGACAAGAGGGCCGCUUCUGUGACGUGCAGCUGACCGUAAACACCAAGAACAUCCCGGUUCAUCGCAGCGUGCUGGCAGCCUGCAGUCCUUACUUCAGCGGAAUGUUCUCGGGGAAUUUCCUCGAAUCGGACAAAGGCAUGAGUGUCGUGAACCUCAGCAGUGUGGUUGAAGAGGCAGUUCACCUGGAAACCGUCAUCGACGCACUCUACACAGGAAAACUGAAGCUCGACGAUUUCAACAUUGCAGUCAUCACCCAACUGGCAUCGUUUCUUAUGAUCGAUUCGUUAAAAGAACUCUGCAUCGGUUUCUUGGGGGAUAAUCUUCACCUUCAGACCUGUGUGAGAUAUUACAUAUUGGCCGAUAUGUACGGCGUGGAAGAAGUUGAGAAAGUGGCAUUCAAUAUUAUCGAGUCUCGUUUCCAUGACUACUUCAUAUUUCAGGACGAUCUUCUUCAGACAUCGCCGCACCACCUGUGCCGUCUGUUUGAGAAAAAUGUCCAGCGAUACUGUGAUGUGAGACAGGUGGCCAAUCUUUUACUUCGCUGGGACAAAUACAAAAAAGAUGUUGAGAGGACACACACAGCACUCAGUCUGUUCAAGAGUAUCUGUGUCGGUUUAGAGUUACCCACCCUUGAAAAUCUUGUAAAUUAUUUGGAAACCUAUCACAUUCCCAAAUCUCUGGUUUCGGAGUUUUUACAAAUUGUCCACUCCACAAUAUCCAAUGUUUCGGGUCUUGCGUUGGCAAGACAAACUCCAACCUGUAGCACGCAGACAGUGAAUGACAAGUGUAGCAGUGGGUUGGUGGUGUGUAAGGAGGAUUCGCAGGACAGUAAUGUGGCCGAGACUGUGUCAGACUGUGUGCUCAGUGGUGCCAUGAUGUCUCUGAGAGGGCCUCUAGUGGAGCAGAACAGUUUUGAGAGUAUCUUGGUGCUGGCUCCAUCCAGGCAGUUGAUUGACCAGACCCUGGAGACUGAGGUCGAGAGGAAGGUUCCUCUGUCUCUGUCAUCCUACAGUCUGGAGGUCAGUCUGUAUGUCACUCACCUCCACAUGUGGCUGUCGGUUGGAACGGUCCACUUUCCAGAUGUGUUUGACGAGAAGGCCAACUGGCGAAUAGCUUGUGUUCAGGACUGUGUGUUCUUUGUGAGCUGCACGCGAGACAAGGGCCACCGCCUCAGCCUGUCCUCACUCAGCUGGAGCUCUUUCUGCUGCCGGCCCAUCCUCGACGGGCUGGAGGGCGACGUCAAGAGUGUCAUACCACUGGCCGUCGGUGGACAGCUCUAUGUGCUCGUGUCCAACCGCCUGCUGUCGUCCACUCGAGACUGUUACCAGACGGAGCAGAAGUACUUCCGACUGAGUGACAAGUUGGUGUGGAGUCUGGUCGGAGAGGUCUCCCACAACCACUACAGCACCCCCCUCUCCCUCGUCUGCGUGUCCGGCACCUGCAUCCACGUCCUCAAGGCAGACAUCGCCGUCAAUGUGGCGCGCAACCUAUUGAUAAUAAAGGAGGGACAUGUUUUCGACACGUGUCGGAAUACUAUCAAUAAGUUCAGUGGGAUCUGUUAUGUUCCGUCACCAGUGCGAGUGAUGGUUUGCAAUGGGACUCUGUACAUCAUUGACGGGGAAGGGUGGAAGCGGCCAUACAACAGCGAGAAGAAAGAGUGGGAGUUUCCCGUCCAGGUGGACUUGUCUAACGUUAAGUGGUGCAGGGCAUCCUCCUUGGAGAGUCACUUUCCCUGUGUGUCUCACAUUGCUGCCAACUCUGGUAGCUCCAUCUGGGAGCUGUCCAGUUUCCACCAAUGUGGAAAUGCCCUGCUUGAGAUGUCUAUUGGUGACGAUGGUUCGUUCAGCACACAGAUACACGUGCCCCCUCCAUUCAAGUAUUUUUCUCUUGCCACCAUGGGGCAAGUGGCAGCAGACUUCAUUGGAGGCUUAAAACAAAGUCAAUACUCGCAUGCUUAAAGGUUCUUAACUAAGUAGAGUGUGUGUGUGUGUGUGUAGGCCUUAUUUCAAUACCUGAUCAUGUUCCUCAAUUAUUGAAUCUACAAUCUCGCCUAUCUCCCAUCACACCUCCCCAUUCCUAGAACAUUGGUUUCUAUUGCAAAAUACAGACACUACAGUUUUAAGGAAAUUGUGUUGUUUUCUGUCGAUACACUGUCAGAUAGGAUAUGUUUGCCUGCGUGUUUGAAUAGUUAUUGUUACACUAACAGUUCCUUCUUUAGACUGUUGAUGACUAAUACUCAUAGACAUAUGCAUCCAAAGAAUAUUGAAGAAUAGCAUGUCAUGUGGGGGAAAAUAAUGUUGAUCUGUCAUAAAUAGUUAACAAAUUAAUAUAUAUCUGAAAAAUAGUUUAUAAAUGAAUUUUAUCAAGGUGAAAUAAGAACAUUUAUUAUUUUUUUUAUUAAAUACAUGCAUGUAUAUUAUAUAUAUCUAUAUCUAUUU